AUGAAGUUGUCUAUCGUCCUCGUUCUGGCGGCCACCGCCAUUGCCACUGUCCAUGCAGGCAAUUUGGCCGCGGCGGAUAAUCUAUCCAGCAAGUCUGCACCGAAGCACGACGGUACUACUGAAGAAAGUGAUGACUCUCCAGACACGCUGGAGGUUGGCGGUCGUGGCACCGAUUCGACUGCUGGCGAAGGACCUGCCAACGAGAGUGUCCCUGCAGACUGUCCCGAUGUGUGCCCUCAGGUGUACAACCUAGUCACCGAUGAGUCCGGGACGUCCUAUCCCAACGAUUGCAUGAUGCGGGUGGCCAAGUGCAAGGCAAAGGAGAAGGUGGUUGAUGUCGUCGAAAAGCUCGAGAAACUCUAUGGCAAGCAAUCCGGUGCCUCGCGUGAUGAUGAUGGGAACAAGUCCGUCGGAAACGACGAGACGUCAGAGGACGAUGCUGCAUCGAAGGCUGACGGACGUGAUGAAGACCCUCCUCAGGUGAAGUGUCCUAACGUCUUGUGCCCUGAUGUGUACUCACCCGUGACGGACGAAAAAGGCAAUGAAUACUCGAACCAGUGCUACAUGGAUGUUGCAAAGUGCCAAGGACCUAGAGAGAACGUUUUGGAUGAGUACAAGAGGAUUUACGGUAAGGAGUUUGGAGCAGACCGUGAAGACGAAAGUAAGGCAAAGUCUGGAGGGAAGAGCCUGCGGCAAUAA